UGUUAUAAAAGCUGCACAGCGAGAACUCUUACCGCAGAGGAGUAACACAUACGGCCCAGCUGAAGCGGACUCUGCAAGGAAUCAAACACAACUUUUAAUUUACAUGGCGGACUCACCAGUUGAAGACUGUGCAAUGCCAGCGAACCAGGAUGAAGCCCGGGAGAACAGUGAGUGGCCAAGUGCCAGUUUCCAUGGCAACAUGGAUACACCAAACCUGGACUUCCUGCACUGGACUAGCGAGGAAGUUGCAGAAUGGAUUGAGUCCAAAGGAUUUCCACGGUAUAAACCGUGUUUUACCGACAACUGCAUCACCGGCAGGAAGCUGAUUUUUGUGGAUUGUGUCCACAUGCCAAGAAUUGGAAUCACAGAUUUUAAAGACAUGCAGGCCAUCUCCACGUGCGUGCGGGAGCUGCUGGGCAUCAGUCAGACCCUGUGGAGUCGCAGCAUCGCUGACCCGCCACGAGAUGACAUGGGCCUCUUUCUGGAUAUGAAAAGUCGCACAGGUGUCAAGACGGACCAGCUCACCAUUCAGCAGCUCCUGGAUAAUAUCUGCCACUGAUGAGACAAAACCAAGCGUGUGCAUGUCUUUGGAGGUGGGAGGAAGCCGGAGUACCCGGAGGGAACCCAUGCAGUCACGGGGAGAACAUGCAAACUCCACACCGAAAGAGCCCGAGCCUGGAACUGAACCCAAGACUGCUCAGGACCUUCGUAUUGUGAGGCAGAUGUACUAACCCCUGUUUCACCGUGCUGGUCCUUUUGCAUUAUAUUAAUUUAUAUUGUUAUGUAUUGUCAACUUUGUACUUUUUUUUUAAUGUCCUUGCCUGAAAUAAAUGAAUAAAAAAAUAAAAAAAAUAAUGAAAGACAACACACA